CCGCAGAGCGGUUAGCCAAACAGGACUGACUAUUAAAAGACCAACAGAGGAGGAGACGCCCCCCCCCCCCCCGCCCGUCAGUCCAUCAUGGCGGACAUCAAGAACUUCCUGUACGCCUGGUGUGGGAAAAAGAAGAUGACUCCCAGUUACGACAUCCGAGCCGCGGGGAACAAAAACAGGCAGAAGUUUUUGUGUGAGGUCCGUGUCGAGGGCUUCAACUACAUCGGGAUGGGAAACUCCACCAACAAGAAGGACGCUCAGUCCAACGCUGCCCGGGACUUUGUCAACUACCUGGUCCGGAUCAGGGAGAUGGGUGCAGCUGAGGUCCCCGCUUUAGGAGUGAGCGCUCCUGAAGCCGACCUACCUGACGGAGGAGCAGGAGGAGGAGGAGGAGGAAGUGAAGGUGGCUUUGGAGUCCUCCCGUCCAGCGGCCCUCUUCCUCCUCACCUCGUCGUCAAAGCUGAGCAAGAAGAAGGCAGCAGUGGAGGGCCGGUACCAGGAGUUACCGGACUGGGUUACUCAGGAGGAGGGAACUCUGGGUGGGGAGGCAGAGGAGGCGGCGGCGGCGGGGGAGGAGGAGCACAGUGGGACCGAGGAGCCAACCUGAAGGAGUACUACGACAAGAGAGACGAACAGGAGGCGCAGGCCACUCUGGAGUCCGAGGAGGUGGACCUGAACGCUAAUCUCCACGGUAACUGGACGCUGGAGAACGCCAAGGCCCGCCUGAACCAGUUCUUCCAGAAGGAGAGAACCAGCGCUGAGUAUAAAUACAGCCAAGUGGGACCGGACCACAACAGGAGCUUCAUAGCGGAGAUGCAACUGUUUGUGAAACAGCUUGGGAGAAGGAUCACAGGUCGAGAGCACGGCUCCAACAAGAAGCUGGCGGCUCAGUCGUGCGCUCUCUCUCUGGUCCGACAGCUCUACCAUCUGGGGGUGGUCGAGGCCUACUCCGGAGUCACCAAGAAGAAGGAGGGAGAAACCCUGGAGGCGUACGAGGUCAGCGUGACUCCAGACCUGCAGCAGCAGCUGGCCACUGUCGUCAAGGAGCUCGGAGUCCAGGUCCCCCCACCUUCUGCAGACCCCAGCAGCUCGGUGUCCCUGAUUCAGGGGAAGAUGGCGACGUUCGAGCCAUCUCAGCGUCAGAGCGGAGCCGGAGUCGUCCCCUGGUCGCCUCCACAGGUCAACUGGAACCCCUGGACCAGCAGCAACAUCGACGAGGGACCGCUGGCCUUUUGCACUCCGGAGCAGAUCAGUGGCGACCUGCACGACGAGCUGAUGUACCAGCUGGAGCACGACGACAACCUGCAGAAGAUCCUGGCGGAGCGAGAGCAGCUUCCCGUCAAACAGUUUGAGAAAGAGAUCAUGGACACCAUCGACAACAACCCCGUGGUGAUCAUCAGGGGAGCGACGGGCUGCGGCAAAACCACUCAGGUUCCUCAGUACAUCCUGGACCGCUUCGUCAAAGAAGGCAAAGCAUCCGACUGUAACAUCGUCGUCACCCAGCCCAGAAGGAUCAGCGCUGUGUCGGUGGCAGAACGAGUCGCCUAUGAGAGAGGAGAGGAUCUUGGGAAAAGCUGCGGCUACAGCGUCCGUUUUGAGUCCAUCCUCCCUCGCCCCCAUGCCAGCGUGCUGUUCUGCACUGUCGGUGUUCUGCUGCGAAAGCUGGAAGCAGGAAUCCGAGGCAUCAGUCACGUCAUUGUUGAUGAGAUCCAUGAGAGAGACAUCAACACGGACUUUCUCAUGGUGGUCCUCAGAGACGUGAUCCAGGCGUACCCAGAGGUCCGUAUCGUCCUCAUGUCCGCCACCAUCGACACCACCAUGUUCAGAGAAUACUUCUUCAACGCCCCCAUCAUCGAGGUGUUCGGACGCACAUUUCCCGUUCAAGAGUACUUCCUGGAGGAUUGCAUCCAGAUGACCAACUUCAUCCCUCCUCCGAUGGACCGCAAGAAAAAGGAGAAAGACGAGGACGGAGGAGAGGAGGAUACAAACUGUAACAUGAUCUGUGGGCCGGAGUACACGGCGGAGACGAAGCGUUCGAUGGCUCAGAUUAACGAGAAGGAGACGUCCUUUGAGCUGGUGGAGGCUCUCCUCAAGUACAUCGAGACGCUGAAGGUGGCCGGAGCCGUGCUCAUCUUCCUGCCCGGCUGGAACCUCAUCUGCUCCAUGCAGAGACACCUGGAGACCAACCCGCACUUCGGAAGUAACCGGUACCGCAUCCUGCCGCUCCACUCUCAGAUCCCCCGCGAGGAGCAGAGGAGGGUUUUUGAACCAGUUCCUGAAAGCAUCACGAAGGUGAUUCUGUCCACUAACAUCGCAGAGACGAGCAUCACCAUCAACGACGUCGUCUACGUCAUCGACUCCUGCAAGCAGAAAGUGAAGCUGUUCACCUCGCACAACAACAUGACCAACUACGCCACCGUCUGGGCCUCCAAGACCAACCUGGAGCAGAGGAAAGGUCGAGCCGGCAGAGUGCGACCCGGGUUCUGUUUCCACCUCUGCAGCCACGCCCGCUUCGAGAGGCUGGAGACUCACAUGACCCCAGAGAUCUUCAGGACUCCGCUGCAUGAAGUCGCCCUGAGCAUCAAGCUGCUGAGACUCGGCGCCAUCGGACACUUCCUGUCCAAGGCCAUCGAGCCGCCGCCGCUGGACGCCGUCAUCGAGGCCGAACACACCCUGAAAGAGCUGGAUGCGCUGGACUCUAACGAGGAGCUGACCCCUCUGGGCCGGAUUUUGGCCCGCCUGCCCAUCGAGCCUCGUCUGGGGAAGAUGAUGAUCAUGGGCUGCAUCUUCCAUGUUGGAGACGCGAUGUGCACCAUCUCCGCCGCCACCUGUUUCCAGGAGCCGUUCAUCAGCGAGGGGAAACGUCUCGGCUUUGUCCACAGAAACUUUUCAGGUAGCCGGUUCUCCGACCACGUGGCUCUGCUGUCCGUGUUCCAAGCCUGGGACGAUGUCAGGAUUAACGGCGAGGACGCAGAAACGCGUUUCUGUGAGCACAAACGUCUCAACAUGUCGACUCUGAGGAUGACCUGGGAGGCCAAAGUGCAGCUGAAGGAGAUCCUGGUGAACGCUGGAUUCCCUGAAGAGAGUCUCAUGACUCAGAUGUUCAACACGGUCGGACCAGACAACAACCUGGACGUGGUGGUGUCCCUGCUGACCUUCGGCUCCUACCCCAACGUCUGCUACCACAAAGAGAAGAGGAAGAUCCUGACCACCGAGGGGCGCAACGCCCUCAUCCACAAGUCCUCCGUCAACUGUCCGUUCAGCAGCCACGACAUGACCUACCCAUCCCCGUUCUUCGUCUUCAGCGAGAAGAUCCGGACCCGGGCGAUCUCGGCUAAAGGGAUGACUCUGGUCAGUCCGCUGCAGCUGCUGCUGUUCGCCUGCAAGAAGAUCAGCUCCAACGGAGACAUCGUGGAGCUCGACGACUGGAUCAAGCUGAGGAUCCCUCACGAGGUGGCGGGUGGCGUGGCGGCUCUGCGGGCCGGUCUGGAGGCUCUGGUGGUCGAGGUGACCAAAGAUCCUGAAUUCAUCCGACAGAUGGACCAGGGCAACCAGAGACUCCUGAACCUGAUCAGACACGUGUCCAAACCGUCUGCAGCCGGACUCAACAUGAUGAGCAACAACCAGAGGAUGGGAGACGGACCUCGACCUCCAAAGAUGGGACGCUUUGACGGAGGAGGAGGGGGAGGAGGAGGAGGGUACAGAGGAGGGGGAGGUUACAGGGGAGGGGGAGGAUAUGGAGGUGGAGGAGGGUAUAGGGGAGGGGGAGGAUAUGGAGGUGGAGGAGGGUAUAGGGGAGGGGGAGGAGGGGGAGGUUACAGAGGAGGUUAUGGAGGAGGAGGAGGAUACGGAGGGGGAGGAGGGUACAGAGGGGGAGGAGGAUACAGAGGGGGAGGAGGGGGAGGGUACAGAGGAGGUUAUUAAAGGUCAGGCGUCUUGACUGUACAUGUUUCCUGUUUGUCCUCAGAUGUUUCUGAUCUCUCUGAUGUUGAUUUUGAUGUUGUGACUUUUUGAUCUGUGAAAUGUUUUGAAGAUAUGAAUAAAAAAAAUCUUUCUGAGUUCUGAAACGGAUUCCAACAUUUA